AUGCUGUCAAAACUACUUUUAACUGCUGUUAACAUUCAACUAAUCACAGAUGGCUCCCAAAUUCAUUAUUUCCAUUUGAGAGCCAUUGAGGAAUAUGUACCAAAAAUUAGAUGGAAAACUAUAAUGCCAUUCACAGGCGGUUUUCAAUAUGACUUAGCUGUAAGCCUAUUUAGCAAGACUACUAUACGACCAUUGUUUUUGCGCUUAUUUAUGCUACGGAAAAUAAUAUAUCAAGAGAAUAUUGACAACUUGUUUAAUGCUUAA